AUGGAGACAUUCGACUGCCGGAUGUCAUCUAAUCUCAUCAAGACCGCGAGAAAUAUUCGCCAGCCUGAUGUUUCCAUCAGACGCCCUGGGCCUAUCCGCCACGGCGAGGUCAAUGAUGAGGAUUCGGAGAGGAACUCGGUUGUGAGUGAGGGGAGGAGUGUUAGGGGUAUGAUGAUUAUUAGUCCUGGUAGGGCUUGA